GACCUCCGGGAGCAGAUGGAGGUGACAGCAGUGGCCACACAGGGGCGCUAUGACAGCUGGGACUGGGUCAGCAGUUAUGUCCUCCUGUACAGUGACACGGGCCGUGGCUGGAAGCAGUACAGGCAGGAGGAUGGAGUCGGGAGAUUUGCUGGGAAUGUGAACUCAGAGGCCGUGGUGGUGAACAAGCUGACCCACUCCAUAAAAACUCGAUUUCUGCGCUUCGUUCCUUUCAACUGGAACCCCAGCGGCUGGAUGGGGCUCAGGGUGGAGGUGUUCGGCUGCGCUUACAAGUCGUACGUGGCAGACUUUGAUGGAAGGAGCUCGCUGUUGUAUCGGUUUAACCAGAAGUCCAUGUCGACAGUGAAGGACGUGAUCUCUCUGCGCUUCAAGAGCCAACAGUCUGAGGGAGUCCUGCUGCACGGAGAGGGCCAGAGAGGGGACUACAUUACACUGGAGCUACACCGGGGACGCCUAGACUUCUACCUCAACUUAGAUGACAGCAGCGGUAGCAGGCAGAGGUUCAGCAGCAGCAGACUUGUUGCCGUGACAGUGGGCAGUCUCCUGGACGACCAGCACUGGCACACCGUCUUGAUUGAGCGCUUCAACAAACAGGUCAACCUCAGCGUGGACGCGCACACACACCGCUUCACCACCAGGGGAGAGGGCCAGUCGCUGGAGGUGGACUAUGAGCUGAGUUUUGGUGGCAUUCCUCUGCCCGGUAAGCCUGGUACAUUCCUCCGAAAAAACUUCCACGGCUGCAUGGAGAACUUAUACUACAACGGGAUCAAUAUCAUCGACCUCGCCAAGAGACGCAAGCCACAGAUACACAGUGUGGGGAACGUCACCUUCCAGUGCUCCGUGCCCCAGCUGGGCGCCUGCACCUUCCUGAGCUCCAGUAGCAGCUUCUUGUCUCUCCCGUCACCCACGACAACUGCUCCUCCGGGGAGCUUUUCAGUGCACUUCCACUUUAGGACGUGGAACGCAGAUGGGCUGCUCCUAUCUGUGCCGCUGAGUCCGGACCCCCAAAGACUGGACCUACGCCUCAGUGACUCUCGACUACUUUUGACCUUGCAGACCCCCGCCAGGCAGAAGUCAGAAGUCUUCACUGGUCACACUCUGAAUGAUGGGCUGUGGCACUCUGUACGCUUGGACUCAAAGAACCUGCAGAUCACCUUAUCAGUAGACAAGGAGCCCCCCUCCACUGUGGAAUUAUGGGAAAAACUGGAAGUCAAAGGAAACUUCUAUUUUGGAGGCUGCCCCACUGUGGAGUGUCAGCGCACCACUCCAGCCUUCCAGGGCUGUUUGCAGCUUAUAUUCAUCAACAGCCAGACAAUGGACCUCAGUCACGUACAGCAAGGGCUGCUGGGAAAUUAUAAUGAGCUUCAGUUUCAUACAUGCAAUAUAAGAGACAGGUGUCUGCCAAACCUGUGUGAACACGGUGGCCGCUGCUCUCAAACGUGGAGCUCCUUCUCCUGUGACUGCUCUGGAACGGGGUACUCCGGCGCCACCUGUCACAACUCCAUCUAUGAAGCAUCUUGUGAGGCAUACAAACUGAUAGGCAGCUCAUCUGGCUUCUACUCCAUUGAUCCUGAUGGGAGUGGUCCCCUGGGUCCUGCGCAGGUGUACUGCAACAUGACAGAGGAAAGAGUGUGGACAGUGAUACCUCACAACAGCACUGCUCCUGUCACAGUUCAAGGCUCUUCUGUCCUAAAGCCUCACAUUAUGAAACUCAACUACAGCACCUCCACUCAACAACUGCAGGCCAUCGUCGAGGGCUCUGAGCACUGCCAACAGGAAGUGGUCUACAACUGCAGGAGGUCCCGCCUCUUCAACUCCAAAGAUGGCAGCCCCCUGUCCUGGUGGCUGGACCGUGGAGGAGAGAGGCGGAGCUACUGGGGGGGCUUCCUGCCUGGGGUGCAGCAGUGCUCGUGCAGCCUGGAGGAGAACUGUGCGGACAUGAACUACUUCUGCAACUGCGACGCCGACAGAGAAACAUGGGCUAAUGAUUCUGGGGUGCUCUCGUAUAAGGAGCACCUGCCUGUGACCCAGAUGGUGAUUGGAGACACCAACCGUACGGGGGCGCAGGCGGUUCUCCACGUGGGCCCGCUACGGUGCUAUGGAGACAAGACAUUGUGGAAUGCCGCUUCCUUCUACCAGGAGUCAUCGUACCUCUACUUCCCCACUCUUCAGGCUGAGCUAGCAUCCGAUAUCUCCUUCUACUUCAAGACCAGCUCCCCGUCUGGAGUCUUUCUGGAAAACCUGGGCCUCAAGCACUUCAUUCGAGUGGAGCUGAGCUCACCCUCUGUGGUGACGUUCUCCUUUGACGUGGGGAAUGGUCCAGCGGUACUCUCUGUGAAGUCCCACCUCUCGCUGAACGACAGGCAGUGGCACUACGUGAGAGCCGAGCGUAACGUGAAGGAGGCGUCUCUGCAGGUGGACCAGCUGCCCCUGCGCUUCCGAGAGGCACCAGCAGAGGGCUACCUGCGCCUCCGCCUCAGCAGCCAGCUCUUCGUGGGGGGAACAGCAUCACAGCAGAGAGGGUUUCUGGGAUGCAUUCGGACUCUUGUCGUCAAUGGUGUGAACUUUGACCUGGAAGAGAGAGCCAAAAUGACGCCUGGAGUGAGCUCUGGUUGCCCCGGUUACUGCAGUGGGUCCAGCAGCUUGUGUCACAACAGAGGGAGGUGCAUAGAGAAGAGCAGUGGGUACAUCUGUGAUUGCUCCCAGUCGGCAUACGGGGGCACCACCUGCGAUCAAGAGGUGUCGGUGUCCUUUGACCGGGAGUCCUCAGUGACCUACACCUUCCAGGAGCCCUUUUCGGUGAUGCAGACGGGGAACUCGCCGGCCUCCAGCGUUUCCACAGAGACGCAGAGCCGUGCCCGAGAGGACAUGGCGUUUAGCUUCAGCACCACACAGACUCCGGCCAUGCUGCUCACCCUCAGCACUUUCAGCCAGCAGUACAUCGCCGUCAUACUUGCCCGGAAUGGGAGUCUGCAGAUCUGGUAUCAUCUGAAGAAGAGCAUAAAUCCAGACGUGCUCAGUCCCAGCUCCAGUAAUCUAGCAGACGGGCGACUUCACAGGGUCCACAUCCACAGAGUCAGCAGCAAUGUUUACAUACAGAUCGACCAGGACGUGCACAGAAAGUACACGCUGUCAUCCGAUGCAGAGCUGCUCCUAAUCAGAUCCCUGACAUUGGGCAAAGUCAUCACAGGACAGGAGGUCCUCAGUGAGGAGGUGCGGCAGGCAGCGUCCAGAGGGUUCGUGGGCUGUCUGUCCUCUGUCCAGUUCAAUCAUGUGGCUCCGCUAAAGGCUGCGCUGACCAACAGGGGGAGCUCACUCGUCACCAUCAGAGGCCCACUGGUGCAGUCUAACUGUGGAGUACUGGCAGACUCAGCAUCUCAUACAAUGACAGAUCAAGGUGCCGCCAAUAAAGAAGAGAUGCAGAAUGGUAAUGAUACCCAGAAGGAUCUGGCAGUAAUAGCAGGGGUGGUCACGGCCGUGGUCUUCAUUGCGGGAUGCGCCUUAGCAGUAGUCACUCGCCUCUUGUAUCAGCAGAGGAGAGCCCAAAGGAGCAUCAAGGAGGAGCAUAGACACACCAUGUACACGGACUACACCCCUACAGAGACCCACCUCCACCCCUCAGUACGGGACAGCAUGAAGGAGUACUACAUAUGA